CUCCCCUCUCGUCGAAUGUCCCUCGGGGCCUUCCCCGCCUAUCGCAGAAGCUUCCCCUGUUUCCACUGUUUUCUUUACGUUGACUAGAGUGGAGAGGCAACAUCGAGGCGAAAGUUCGAAUCUUUCCACCCCAAACUCCUCAUCCGUCUUCGCCCCUCACAGUCUCGCCCUCUCGCCCAGCUGCAUCUUUCUUUAGCGAGGGUUCGUGAUUUGUUCCUUCAUAGUUUUGGCGGAGAUGGGCAAUUGCUUGAACUCCACCUCGCGGGCCGUAAACUCCCAAACGGCGCAGCACUCUUCCAAUCGUUCAACUAUUGCCGCCAGUGAAGCAAGUUUCUCCUCUGUACCUUCCACUCUGACAUGUUCUACAUCGUCAACUCUUCCUGUUCCUUAUAGUGAAAAAACUAGUGCAGUUCUUCCUAGUCCAAGAACUGAAAUGGAAAUCUUGUCUUCAUCAAAUUUGAAUGUCUUUACAUUUAAUGAUUUAAGAAAUGCUACCAGAAAUUUCCGUCCCGACAGCCUUAUUGGCGAAGGUGGGUUUGGUUUAGUAUACAAAGGUUGGAUCGAUGAACAAAGUUUUGCACCUACAAAGCCAGGAUCAGGAAUGAUGGUUGCAGUCAAGAAACUUAAACCUGAGGGAUUCCAAGGCCACAAGGAGUGGCUGGCUGAGGUUAACUAUCUCGGUCAACUUCACCAUCCAAAUAUAGUAAGGUUGAUUGGCUACUGUUCUGAGCAGGAUAAUCGACUUCUCGUCUAUGAGUUCAUGCCAAAAGGCAGUCUAGAAAAUCACCUUUUCAGAAGAGGUCCUGAGCAGCUACCUUGGACAACUAGGAUCAAAGUCGCAAUUGGAGCUGCCAAGGGACUUUCAUUUUUGAACGAUGAGUCCCAAAUUAUAUACCGAGAUGUUAAAACUUCUAACAUUCUUCUUGACUUGGAUUUUAACGCAAAGCUCUCAGACUUUGGCUUGGCAAAGGAUGGUCCAAGAGGAGAUAGAACUCAUGUCACAACACAAAUCAUGGGAACUCAUGGAUAUGCAGCUCCAGAAUACAUUGCAACAGGGAGGCUCACUGCAAAAGCUGAUGUUUACAGCUUCGGUGUUGUACUGUUGGAGCUACUGACUGGACGUAGAGUUAUCGAAAAAACACGGAAUGGGUCAGAGCAUAAUCUCGUAGAAUGGGCAAAGCCUUGUUUGGGUGACAAGCGAAAAUUAUAUAGAAUCAUAGACUCCAAAUUGGAGGGUAAGUAUUCAAAGAAAGGAGCCCAUGAACUUUGUGUCCUUGUGCUGCAAUGCAUUGGCAAUGAAGCUAAACUUCGGCCUCAUAUGUUUGAGGUCUUGGCUUCUCUAGAGAAACUUCAAGAUACAAAAGUGUGUGCCUUUUCUACCAAAGAUGUUCAGCCAAAUCUUCCGAACGGCAUCACAAUGUCACCUAUGAGAAAUAGAUGUUCACCGCUACACCCUGCAUCUCCUCGUCGGUCUCCCCUUCCAUCCCUCCAGCAGUCAUCACCGCGCUAAGUAGAGGAUCAUUUGAAUUUGUAGCAAGUAUGCAUAGUGAUGAGGUUAAUAGAGAGUUAGAAAUAGAAGCGGUUCACCUCUAAACUUUUAUACUAAGCAUCAACGAAGUUUCUUGCUUUGUUGGCAUGCAAAGAUUGACUGAUAGACGAUUUACUUGUAAGAUACUAUUCCGGAACAUUUAGUUGCAGGUCCAUUUUCUUGGCUUUUUA